UACUUUGUAAUAAUCCUAAAUGUUACUUCACAUUUUUCUACAUCUCUUUUAACUUGUUUCUCUAUUUCUAUAUAAAUAUAUAAUCUAUCUUCAAUGUCUACGUUCGUGAGCUUCGCAGUUUCUCGCAAAAAUUAAAUUUUUUAUAUUAUAUCUUUCCAUAUUAUAUCUCCCGCAAGUGCACUUGGUUCCUUGUCUUGAUAGAAUUUUUGCAGAUUCUACCUUCUCUUGCAUGCUCGUGCCGAGCCAUAAAAUUUCUACGUAAGGUGACACUCAUUUCCAUAGGUUUUUCAUGAAAAUCGCAUUGAGGCAGCAUUACGCUUGUGUAACUCGCGAUUGCACCAUCGUAUGGUCCGUUCAAAGUAUUUCAGCUAGAUAAGACUUCGUUCUCGAUUUUCUCGCAAUGUCCGUCUACCGCGAUCGCUUGCUAUGUGGCAUGGUGUAAUACAUGCGAAUGUCCCGGUAGCCGUACAGUCGCGCCGACCGCGCGCACACAUCUUGGAAUCAGCAUCUCGCAUUCCGCAGCCUCGCGGAAAAUUGCGGCGAAAAUCUCCGACGCUGUUCCACGUACCAUGUACCAGGGCGCCAUGAAAUUUUCCUCGCGCAAUUCCUCCGUAAAUCUCGCGUCCUUUAUUUCUAUGGGCGCGCGGGCGCGCGAUAUUGCCCGAGCAUGGAAGCGAUCCGCGCGGGCAAAUUAUUUCGCUUGGGGAAAACGGGAUUACUAUUCGUAUAAUUCACUCUAUGUCGUGCGAAGAGAAUUCUUUCCUGGUGACAGAGGAAGACAAGAGCUGAUGUUUCACAAUCAUCCGUCUGCUUUACGCAGAAAACAUAUCUGAAGUCCAAUUUUCCAUGAUAAAAGUAGAGAUUUAAUUUAAAAAAAUGUAUAUCUUGCAGUAAACUUUAUAUGAAAUACUGCAAACGACAAGUUUACGAAGCAGAAAUGAUAUAAAAGCAGAAAUUAAUGUCCAUGCUUGUUUUCUUCGACGAAAUCUUUGAGAGAUUGCAACAAUCGAAUAUCGCAUCGAUGCGAGUAUUGAACAAAUAACCGCUCAUCGUAAAUGCAAUAAAUUAUAAAUGCAAAAAAAUAAAUUCCCAAAACAUUCGCGGGAAAGAACGAGCCGGGCGCGCGAGAAUUCGGGGGAUGGAGAAACCGAGGCGUUUGGUCAUCCCAUAUGUGCACACGUACAUAUGUAUAUUCGUGAUGCGGGGUAAGUGUGUUUCGUGACCCAAAAAUGUGACUGCACCCUUCGCGAGUGACUGCUGCCGACCGAAUACCACGAGUGCUCGGCUCGCAAGGCGCGGCGGAGACCACUAAAUUCACGGCGCGCUAAUCAAUAAUGUAUUUAGUGUGUACAACCCCGUACCGGUGGGAUAUCCAGCUGGGACACGGUGAAAGGUGGUAGCUGAGCAUUGUUCCGGCGGUAUCCGGUGGCCCGAGAACGGGGCUGGCGGUCGGGUGAGAUCAAAUUACGGCGCUGGCGUUUUUGAUGUGCUUUAUGAAGUCCACGCGAGUAUCGGGGGUGAAAAAUAUCACGCGCGGCGUAUCGAGGCACAUGCGAUCUAUUGGAUUUCCCGAGAGCAGCAAUACGGGGAUAUUUUUCGCUCUGGGAAUUCCGAUAGAUAUUCCUGACAAAUCCGUGUCGUUGUCGUUUUACUUCGAGGCGAAUUAUGGUUUGCCAUACCAGUGGAACUCGAGUUACUUCUACGAGGAAAGUUACUUCGCGAAACGAAGUCUCAGUCGCCAGUUGAUAUACAGGGUGUUCACGAGUAAAAUGGAAAGUUUGGGAUAUCCUGGGUUAGACUGCUUGUUGAGAAUCAUUUGCGACAUUGCAAGAUAUUCUUUACGUGAAAACGGCGUAUUCGGCGAUAUCCUUCAAAUCAUAUUCACGUAAGUAUCAAGAAAAAAUUAUAUUCAUUAACUAUAUAGUAAUUAUCUUUAGGAAGCUAUCCAUUAUUCUAAAUUAUUCAAGGAAGGAAAUAAUGUAAAUGAAAUACAGAAGAUUCAAGGAAAAUUCUGGAUCUUUGUAAUUAACUUAUUCAACAUAUUUUUAUUUUCGAUCAAAAAGUGUUCACAUCCAUAAUAGACACUCAUACCGUCAAACAUCAGAUCAGACAUGAUUCGAAUUCUUGUAUUACUCACUUGCUCGCAUUUCUGUUGCAGACCCUCGAUGUCGAGGAGCGAGAACCUUCCGAAUGAGAUUACAGAAGCCGAACAAGAGCAGCAUUGUGAUCAGCGUUACAAAAGAUGCUCUGUAAAUCCUCUAGAUCUAGUAAGCCAUUAUAUCAACAUCGACUGAACAGCUCUCUGCCUUUUAAGAUCUACUUGCAACAGGGAUAUUUACAAACGUUGCCAAUUCAUUAACAUACCUAACGAUCAAGUCUAACGCAAAAUUUCAUCCACAAGUUUCAACAAAAUUCUACCAACAUAAUAGAUUACAAUUUUUUAUUUUUAACAAGAUUGUAAUUACAAAAUUAGAAUCAAAAUUCUGAAACUACAAAGAAUUGGGCCAGCCUGCAGUACAAUUUAGUGGUGAAGCAUAGAACUUGCAAACAUUGGUAAUGCAAUAAAUCUAUUAUAAUAAUCGUUGAAGAAAGCAAGCUACCUAAACUAUUAUGUAUCUUUUGAAAAAAAGAUACAUGAACUGUUGCGAAUAUAAUCUAGAGAAUCAAAUCAGGCGCAGAAAAAAAAGGUGGAUUCAAUGCAUUUUACUGCCGGCGGGAUAACAAAAUUACGCAAUUAUCUGUAAUCAUCAUGGAAGAUAUUCCCUAUCGGUGUAUCUCUUAAAAAUGUGCACUUAAAAUUAUGUAACAGAUACAUUAUCUCUCAUAUUAACGACUACACAACAGUCUAUUAAAGCUUUCUAG